AUGUCGGGCCCAACGUCCCCCAUCCGCCGCUCGUCGCGGUCUCAGUCGCGCGCGAGGACUCGCAGUCCGUCGCCCGUCUAUUUUCCCACUCCGGACAUGCUCCCAGACGGCCCCAUCCUCGAGGAUAAUGCCGAAAUUAUUGACGACUUUAUUCACCACCGUCCUCAUGUCCACCAGACAGAAGAGAUCGUCUUCGAGGUAGACGGUGACGAUGAAGAAGACGACCAUGAUGCUGUUCUCGACGAACAGCGCGAGCAGAGGAAACGCUUGCCCUGGUGGAAACGUGCGACUCCUUGGUGGUAUAUCCUCUCCAUACCUUUCACUGCCAUUGCGACCGGCUCGACUCUAACGCCAAAAAUAGCCGUCGUGACCGGUAUUGUUUGCGAUACCUACAAACGCAAUCGUGACCACAGUCCUGACUGGGACUCAGAGAAAAUGGCCCUGUCCAUAGUCCCAUACUCCAUCAAAGUGGAUACUCCUCGUGCUUUCGUUGCAUCAUCAGAGCGCAGUGACUUCACUAUCGCAACUCUUCUUCCGGUCAAAACGAAUGAGACCGAAUUCUCCGUGGACCACCCUAUCGUCUGUGCCUCCGAUCCCACGGUUCAGGCCGGUGUGGCGAAGGUCCUUGCUUGGAUGUCCACCACUACUAUCACUAAAAUAGUGUUCGGUAAUCUAGGGGUGGAAUAUUUUUGCGAAUUCGUUACCGAACACUGCUGGAGUGAUAGUACUGGCAUUCUUAGCUGUUUCACCACUGGUUUCUGGGGAUCACUUUCUGACCGCCGCGGUCGCACUUUCGUCAUAUGUUUUGCUCUCUUUGGCCUCUUCUUCCAGGAUUUGAACUUUCUUGCUGUGACACACUUCCCCGACCGCAUCCCGGGUGGUUAUAAUACACUCUUGUUAGGCUCUUUCGUCGAAGGCCUAUUCGGAGGCCAGCCGACUAGCGUUGCUACAAUCCAUGCAUACCUUGCCGACUGUUCUACGACUGCCACUCGCUCGCAUACUUUCUCUCGCUUCCUCGGCAUGCUCUUUAUAGGCAUGACCCUCGGUCCCACCCUCGGCUCCAUCAUCAUCCGUGCCACAGGCAAUAUCAUGUCCGUAUUCUACAUCGGCGCCAUAGUUCACCUUAUCACUCUUUUCCUCAACUUGCUCGUUGUACCCGAGUCUCUGUUCCCUGCGCAGAUGGCGCUAUCGCGGCAAAAGUACAUGGAGGAGACCAAAACCCAACGGCGAGAGGUAGGCUGGUUCGCGCGGGUGAAGAGGCUGUUCGGAUUCUUGUCGCCUUUGGCCAUCUUGGCUCCUGUACACGUCGACAGUACGGGCACCGCAAGCUCUCGGUGGCUGAGGAAGGGUAAAUGGGACUGGAGCUUGACUUUUACGGCCAUUGCGUAUGGGGCUACCGUCAUGCUCCUGGGUUCUGCUCAGACGACGUUUCAGUAUGCUUCAGCCCAAUUUAGCUGGUCUACCGAGAUGCUUGGAUACUUCCUUAGUACCGUCGCUAUAUCAAGAGCCGUCUUCUUGAGUGUCGUCCUCCCGUUCAUCAUCAAGUACUUCAAACCUAAACCACCCUCCAUCCAACUCCCUCUUGAUCCCUCUGAACCCCUCAACAACACCUCCCGACCAUCCGCCACCCGCUCUAUCUCCCGCACGUCCCGAUCCCAAUCCACCUCCCGCACCCGUACCAUUGCCCUCACCCGCUCAGUCGAAGACCACGAUCACCCGCACCACACCCACGCUACGACCAGAUUCGACUUGACCAUCGCCCGCCUCUCCAUUUUCAUUGAAAUCGUGGUGUACCUGGGACUACCGUUAUUUGGCGCCGUCGGCUUUUUGGCAUUGUCAGCAUUGGGAAGUCUUGGGGCAGGGUUCAGCCCAACGGUGCAGAGUCUUGCGUUGGAGUUUUAUAGGAAGAGAGGAGGGACAGAGACGGGGAGGUUGUACGGCGGGUUGAGUAUCGUCAGUGCGCUUUGCUCGGCUAUCAUUGGCCCCGCCAUGUUCGGCUACAUAUACAUUUGGACCGUGGCCACUUUCCCGCAAGCGUAUCUCUAUGCCGGUCUCCUUCUGACCUGCAUCAGCUUUAUCAUGCUGCUCUGCGUGCGGUUACCGCCACCGCCUGGGCUUGAGGACUUGGAAGAUAUACCUGAGGAAGACGAAGAGGAGGAAGUUCCUGGUGGAGCACGAGCGGUGAUCCCAGAAAUUGUUGUUGAUGAUGUAGAUGCGGGGGCUGAGAGGAGUGGGGGACGUAAUGCAGAUGUGGAGAUUGUUGGGGAGGGGAGCGUGGUGAGGAUGUGA